CAUCCGCCUUUAAUCAUCGUCAAGAUGAAGUUCUCCCUGGCCUUUUUGGUGGCUCUCGCCGUUGUCCGCUUCGGCAAUGUCAACGCUGGACCGGUCGGAAGUUCGAACGAGCUCCAGGAUGUCGUUGACGAAUUUUUGGCCCUUGUACCAACGGAGAAAGUGAACGAUCUUCUGGCAGAAUACGCGCAGAAUGAUGAGGCAUUCCAAUCGUUUCUCGACCACCUGUUCAGCAAAGAAUUCGAAAAGCUGUACGACGACGUCGAGAGGCUUCAGGCUGUGAGAGAUCUUUACAAAUAUCUUGCCGAGACGGGACUGGACGUAUAUGGCCUUAUAAACAAAAUACACGAUAUUUUCGGCCUCCCACCCUUUCCAAUUUAUCAUACGACGAGGCUACGAUCGAAUCGCGGAAUCAAUGGUUUUUUGAAUGACGUCAAAGCUCUGCUGCCAUUGGACCACAUCAAGAAAUUGUACGAGCAAAAGAUGCAAACUUCAGUGGCAUACUACGACUUUGUUCAACGUUUUUCGACGAAGUAUUUCCAGGAUACUUUCAACGCGCUGCGUCAAAUUCCCAAGUACUGUCAAAUAAUCGACUUUCUCGAAGAUUCCGGCCUCAGCGUCAAUGAUUUUAAGGACCUUAUGUUGUCGCUACUGAACUUGCACAUGCCGAGUAUUUCUUGUAGAUACUCGUACUCCAGGAUGGGAAAAUCGCUGGAACUUACUCGAUCGCUCGCUGAAAAAACGGACCUCAACAAGGACCUUCAGGACUUUGUCGCCCUGGUGCCUUCCUCAAAAAUUCGUAAAAUCGCCGUCAAACACUUCAUUUUUGAUUCUGAAUUCAGAACAGCCUACAAUUACGUCAAAUCCGAAGAGUUCUACAAGCUUGUCAGGGAGGUUCACGGAAUCCCCGAGUACAAAAAGUUGCUGAAGGCUCUCGAGGAUCUUGGUCUCGACGUGGACGCCCUGGUCAAGAGCAUCCAUGACGCCAUUGGCUUCAAAACGGUUUCAUCGCCUCAAAUCGCCGCCUAUCCUCGCUCCGUUGCUUCCUUCAUCGCAGAGGUCAAAGCCGUACUCCCAGUAUCUCGAAUCGAGUCUCUCUACAAAGAAAAAUUGGCGAAUUCAGAAAGUUUCGAAGCACUUGUUGACCUCAUAAAAUCCCAACUCUUCCAGGACAUCACGAACGCUCUUUUCGCCGAUCCAAUUUUUCAGGAUUUCCUCCACAAAGCUCAAAAACAUGGCGUUAAUCUUAACGCGAUCGCCGAUUUCUUUUUCAACGUUUUUGGCAUCACGACCCCACCGGGUAUUAUCGAUUGUUUGAAUAAUUCACUCGAGUGGGGCUGUGCGUAUAUAAAGCGUAUUAAAACGUUGAGAGAUCAUCAGGGACAAAAUAUCACUGCUGAGAUGAAGCUCUGCCUGGCACUCCUCGCGGCACUCGCCGUUUCCGGCGUUUCAAACGUAAACGCUGUACCGAUAAAGUCGAGUGAGCUUCACGACGUUUUGAACGAAUUUCUUGCCCUCGUACCGAAAGAAAAGGUGACGGCUAUUUUCUUCGAGUAUCUGGAUAAAGAUGCGGAGGUUCAAGCCGUUCUGAAAUACAUGUCGAGCGACGCGUUCAGAGAACUCGUUCAAAAAGUCGAGAGCAUCGAGGACGUAAUAAACUUCUACGAUUAUCUGGAAAAAUCGGGGCUCGACGUUUAUGGAUUGGUAAACAAGUUGCACGAGGUUAUCGGGCUUCCGCCGAUCGUGACCGGAAAAAUAGGAACGAGCUUGAAAAUAACCGGCGGAGUUGCCGGUUUGUGGAAAGACAUCAAAGCUGUUCUUCCGAUCGAUGCUAUAAAGGCCCUUUAUCACGAGAAAUUAGAAACUUCACCAGCUUUUGCUGAACUCGUAAAACGUUUGAGUUCUCCGAGAUUCCAAGAACUCAUUAACGCUUUACGUGCCAACAAAGAAUUUCGCAAAAUCGUAAGCUUCCUUAAAGAGGCUGGUGUUGACAUAAACGCGAUCAAAGACGUUCUCGCCACGAUGUUUGGCCUGCAGUUCCCUGACCAAUAUUCCAUGGCCAGGGACGCUCAGAAUACUGAUCUCGUGCAGGAUCUUGUGGAUUUCCUGGGUCUUUUGCCAAUGGAAAAAAUCAACGACGUCGCCACGGAAUACUUUUACAACGACGCCGAAGUCCAGCAAGCUGCAGAGUUCGUUAGAUCUGAAGAGUUCAAACAACUCCUCACCGAGGCCGAACAAAACGACCAAUUCUAUGCUUUCGUUAAUUUUCUCGACAAAGCUGGAUUCCCCGCGACCUUUUUGAUCAAUGAACUCAACCGGGCUUUGCACGUUGAAGAUCUCAAACCGAGUCUCUUCCAAAUGUUGCGUCGUUCCGGUAAAGGAGUCCGGGGCAUGCUCGAUGAAAUCGAAGCUCUCGUGCCUUAUGAUCAGGUCAAAGCCAUGUUCGAAUACAAACUCGAGCACUCUCAGGUUUUCAGUAAUUUCAUACAACAGCUCCGAUCACCCCAAUUCAAAAGCAUCGUCCUCGACCUCGCUCACAAUAAGAAUUUCGAAAAAUUGGGAUACCGCGCUGCCGAUUUUGGUAUCAACCUCGAAGCCAUUGCCAGCUUCGUCUCCAGGGUCUUUGGCAUCAACCUCUAGGAAAACACAUUUUUAUAACAUAUCGGCCCACCUCAAUCAUGGCUUUGGCUAACUUACAUUUCGACGGUCAGCUUAGAGUUCAAAAUCUCACUGUGUUCAAUCGAUUUUAUUCGUGACAUUCUUGAUUCUUAACCACCACAUUGAAUCCGAUUACGAGGCUAUUAUACAGUUUAUAAAUAUAUUUAAUGUUCGUUGAUUUGUAAUGCAUGUUGAAUAAAUGUCCGGAAAUGACA